UAAGAGCCUGAAGGCGCUUGAGCCCAGAGUUGGGAGGGGCGAGCUCGGAGCGCGCCUGCGCCUUGAGUGCUCUCGCCGAAGGAGCCGCAUUCUCAAGAGCGCCAAGGAGGUGUUCUUGUAGUCCCUGACUAGCCUCUCCCGCGAAGCCGGGGUUGUUGGACUGCAGCCCGCCGGGACGUCCUCUGGGCACGGGAAGGGGCCACCAUGCCGAUCAAUAAAUCAGAGAAGCCAGAAAGCUGCGAUAAUGUGAAGGUGGUUGUUAGGUGCCGACCCCUCAAUGAGAGAGAGAAGUCAUUGUGCUACAGGCAGGCUGUCAGCGUGGACGAGAUGCGGGGAACCAUUACUGUGCACAAGACUGAUUCUUCCAAUGAGCCUCCGAAGACGUUCACUUUUGACACUGUUUUUGGACCAGAGAGUAAACAACUCGACGUUUAUAACUUAACUGCAAGACCUAUAAUUGACUCUGUUUUAGAAGGCUACAAUGGGACUAUAUUUGCAUAUGGUCAGACCGGAACAGGCAAAACUUUUACCAUGGAAGGUGUUCGAGCUGUUCCUGAACUUAGAGGAAUUAUUCCCAAUUCAUUUGCACACAUAUUUGGUCAUAUUGCAAAAGCAGAAGGUGAUACAAGAUUUUUGGUUCGAGUGUCAUAUUUGGAAAUAUAUAAUGAAGAAGUUCGUGACCUUUUGGGCAAGGACCAGACACAGAGGUUAGAGGUUAAAGAAAGACCUGAUGUAGGAGUUUAUAUCAAAGAUUUAUCAGCUUAUGUGGUAAAUAAUGCUGAUGAUAUGGAUAGAAUCAUGACGCUAGGCCACAAAAAUCGUUCUGUUGGUGCAACCAACAUGAAUGAACACAGCUCGCGUUCCCACGCCAUCUUCACAAUCACCAUCGAGUGCAGUGAGAAGGGCGUGGAUGGGAACAUGCACGUCAGGAUGGGGAAGCUGCAUCUUGUCGAUCUUGCUGGCUCAGAAAGACAAGCAAAAACUGGAGCUACAGGACAGCGUCUAAAGGAGGCUACAAAAAUCAAUCUUUCCCUUUCCACCCUUGGUAAUGUAAUUUCUGCCUUGGUUGACGGAAAAAGCACUCAUGUGCCUUACCGUAACUCCAAGCUAACUCGUCUUCUUCAGGAUUCUUUAGGAGGAAACUCGAAAACCAUGAUGUGUGCAAAUAUUGGGCCAGCAGAUUAUAAUUAUGAUGAAACUAUCAGUACAUUACGGUAUGCCAAUCGUGCUAAGAAUAUUAAAAAUAAAGCUAGAAUCAAUGAAGAUCCAAAGGAUGCUUUGCUUCGUCAAUUUCAGAAAGAAAUAGAAGAAUUGAAGAAAAAGCUUGAAGAAGGGGAAGAAAUAUCAGGAUCUGAUAUCAGUGGGUCGGAGGAAGAUGAUGAUGAAGAGGGUGAGGUUGGAGAAGAUGGAGAGAAAAGGAAAAAGAGAAGGGGCAGUAGCAGCAGCAGUAGUUCAGACUCCACCUGUUCUGUCAUAGAGAAACCUCUGGAUAAGCUCUUGCCUAAUCAAGCAGGUAAAAAGAAAGUCUCUCCAGAUAAGAUGGUGGAAAUGCAAGCAAAAAUUGAUGAGGAGAGAAAAGCACUUGAAACAAAGCUUGAUAUGGAAGAAGAAGAAAGAAACAAGGCUAGAGCUGAAUUAGAGAAACGGGAAAAAGAUCUUUUAAAAGCCCAACAAGAGCAUCAGUCUUUGCUGGAAAAAUUAUCUGCUCUGGAGAAGAAGGUAAUUGUUGGUGGUGUUGAUUUGUUGGCCAAAGCUGAGGAACAAGAGAAACUUCUUGAGGAAUCUAAUAUGGAACUGGAAGAAAGGAGAAAAAGAGCUGAGCAACUUCGCAGAGAACUUGAGGAGAAAGAGCAAGAACGCUUGGACAUUGAAGAAAAAUAUACCAGUUUGCAAGAGGAAGCACAAGGAAAGACCAAGAAACUAAAAAAAGUUUGGACUAUGUUGAUGGCUGCAAAGUCAGAGACGGCCGAUCUCCAACAAGAGCAUCAGAGGGAAAUUGAAGGACUAUUGGAGAACAUUCGUCAGCUUAGUCGGGAACUUCGACUUCAGAUGCUUAUUAUUGAUAACUUCAUACCUCAGGAUUAUCAGGAGAUGAUUGAAAACUAUGUCCACUGGAAUGAAGACAUAGGAGAGUGGCAGCUGAAAUGUGUUGCCUAUACAGGAAAUAACAUGAGGAAGCAAACCCCAGUACCUGAUAAAAAGGAGAAAGAUCCCUUUGAAGUAGACCUUUCCCAUGUGUAUCUCGCCUAUACCGAGGAGAGUCUACGUCAGUCUUUGAUGAAAUUGGAAAGGCCGCGGACUUCGAAGGGGAAAGCAAGGCCAAAGAUGGGGAGACGAAAGCGUUCAGCAAAGCCCGAGACCGUAAUUGAUUCCUUACUUCAGUGAAUGUUACAAACCUAAAAUCACAAUAAAAGUUGGUGGUGUUCCUGGGUCUGGACAAAAUCUUCAAUUAAAAUACUGAAGACUUUUGUGUAACUUCAAAUGAUGAGAGCUAUAAAUCAUGGAGUAAGACUGGAAAUGAUAAUUUGCCUAAUAACUUUUAGACUAUACAUGUUAAGAUAAUAUAGCACGUUAAGAUUGUACAGCUGUGAUUGUUCAGAUUGUCAUACCCCUCUCUCCAGCUGUGCUGUGCUGGAAAGUCGGGAGAGCAGUUCAUGUGUAAGCGGUAUACAUUAGUCUGUUAACCAUUUACCCAACUACUGUAUAUUUAGCUAAUGAGAAUUUCAAAAUAGAAAAAAAAAUAUGUCCUGUUUUGCACAUAGAAAGUAGCAGAUUGAAUUGUCCUAUGUUGCACUGUUAAAUGUGACUGUUUGGGCUACGCAUCUAAGAAACGAUUCUGUCCUAACACCAGCCCAGCUGGCCUGUUUAAAUAAGUUCUAAUCUGUACACUAACAUUCAUGGCAUUGUAAGUACGAGAUGACUGAUCUUACUGAAUUUCUGUAGAAAAUUUUAUAAUUUAACAAUCUUUGCAAAUAUGCAUUUUAAAACAAAAGGUGAAAAUGUGUUUCACCUAGAUCUCUUCUUUUUUGCCACUUUGAGUUUAGAUUAAAUACACCUUUUUUUUUU